AUGCAGCACGCCCAGUCAAAGUACAUGGACGAAUGUACCAAAUUAUCUAGAGCAAAUAGUCUGAUGGAUUAUAAUGCGAGAUCUGAAAUACAGCAGUCCCUACACAUUAUUUCAAGUCUAGAACAGUCAUAUAAGCAAUCGCUAGAAGACCUAGAAUCAGUAUCAAAACAAUGGGUCGAUGAUUGGAGAAACACAUGCGAGACAUUUCAAAAACUCGAAGAAAACAGAAUUGAUUAUCUACGUCGUACGAUUUGGUCAUAUGCCAAUAUGAUGUCGACAGUCUAUGUUGUAGAUGAUCAGUCUUGUGAAAGAAUUCGUACAUCUUUAGAAGUUAUCGACAUUUCUGGCGACACCAAUGCCUUUGUCAAUAAAAAGGGUACCAGUACGACGAUACCAAAUAUACCUCAGUUUGUACCUUUCAACAAUGACCACAAUGACCCUUUGUUCAACCUAAACCUAAAUCAUCUAAAUCAUAGCCGUAACAACAGCCAGUCUGUAAACUCAGAAGGAAAGGGCUCAAAUAGUAGAAAUACUCAUGAAAUCAAUAUUCCAGUAGCAGAUGAAGAGCUACGGUCAGUAAAUGAUCAACUGAGGAUGCUACCACUGACUUCAGAAAUAGCCGACACCAAGUUUGUUCAUCAAAUGUCAGAUAGAGAAAGCUCUAUUAUUAUUCCCAGUACAAACAGUCGACUUUCGUUCAAAGAUACCUCUAAUAUACUUGGUCGAGAAAUCAGCCAAACUCGUACAGCAGAUUCGAGCUCGGACAUGUUGCAAAAUACGUUAAUCCCUGUAUUGCCAGCGCUAGAUAAAUCACCCACGGAUGGACUAUUUCGGGAAUCCUGGGAUAGACCUGCAUUUUCCCGCAAAGAGUCUAACGGCAGAAUAGUUGGGCAGAAUACUAAUCAGAAUCAGAAUCACAAUCACAAUCAAAAUCGUAAUCAUAAUAACAGUAAUGUUAAUAAGUAUGAUACAAAGCAAGUCCAUGAUCUGGAACAUAUCCCACGUAGUCCGAGACAUGCAGUUUCGAUUGUCGACCUUCCCCAACGAACAUCAUCCCUACCCAAAGACGCCAACAUGAUAUUUUCUUCGUACGCCACCCAGCUGGCUCCUGCAGAAAGUGUCGAUAAUCUACCUGACUGGCAUGCAUACAAUGACUAUCUCUCCAAUACACCUGUUUCAACUCUAGCUCAAAAUCAACUCGAACGUAAAUCUCGUUCAGGAGAUUUCUCAAAGCUAGUUGUCAACACGUCAUUAGAUUCUAUCAACGCCAAUAAUUCUACUACCAAUAACCCCAACUAUACUAUCAGUAGUAGUAAUAAUAAUAAUAAUAAUAAUAAUAAUAGUCUAUAUGCUAGUAGCACUUAUCGGCAACGAUCCGCUCUACUGACUCCAAACCAAACAGCAGACCAUGGUGACCAUAGUGACCAAAACCAGAACCAAAACCAGAGCCGAGAUCGAGACCGAGACCGAGACCCUGAGUUAUGGAAACACAGUCGAUCUCCAUCUUUACAGUCACCCGGACAGCAUAUCUACCGAUACAAUAACAGCAGCAACAACAACAACAACAAUAAUAAUAUUAAUAACCACGCUACACUUGAAUCACCAACCGAUUAUGGAUACCAGCAGCCGUCUCCUCUAAUGACACCUUCUGUCUCACCACGUAGAGACAAGGAAAAAGACAAAGACAAGGAUAAGGACAGGGGAAAGAAUCCAAAUCGACUUUCAGUAUUUACUUUUUUCAAAAAGUCUCACCACAGCAGUAGUAACAAGAAAUCAGAAAAGUCAUUGAGUAGUCCAGAUUACCACAAUCAGCAUAACACUAGCAAUAGUAUCCAUCGUUCUCCGAUCCGAGAUAAUUCGUGUGAUUCACAGAAAUCAAAGAGCAGGCGAUUUUCAAUGGUUUUUUCAAACAGCCAAAAGAAGAAACAAGCCCUGUCCAUCAGUUCUACUAUCCAGCCAAUGUCCCCACAAAGUAUGACAACAACCACAAUAGGAACAGAAGCAGUGACUAUAACACCAACAGCAGCAGCAGGAGGAAGAUGUUUAGAUAAUCUUUCGGGAGUAGUAUUAGAUCCCAGAAAUCCUUCGAGUCUAAUGCAAUUAUCCAAUCCAAUUGACGAUGAGGGUACCACAGGAGAAGAAUAUGCACAAGCGUUGUGGAAUUUUGAAGCAAAGAUUGAUACUGAGAUUUCGUUUGCCAAGAACGACAUAUUGGCUAUCUUGUACAAAAAGCCAGAUGGUUGGUGGGUAGCCGAGGUUCUUCCAAAACAGAAUAAUCCUCAACAGCAAGGCCCAGGCCCUAGAAUACGAGGUCUUGUACCAGGAAACUAUUUUCGUCCGCUAUAA